UUGUAUCCCGUUUUCAUCUGAAGCUUACGAUAACCAACCCUGUCCAAUCUCCUGUUUCAGAUUAAAACAGCUCGCCUUCUGCUUGAUUGGCCGCUUGUUUCUUCCAUGACAUGAACGCUGCGGUCCUGGAUGCUAGUGGUCAGUUCGGCUACUACAAUCCCGACUUAUCCCCUCUCCUCCAAGUAUGUAUAUACCAAGGAGGCUGCUCGCUGAGCUCGAUAGAAGCAAGUUGCAUGUCAUCUACACCUAGUAUCGCAGGGUCGCAUCAUGGUCACUACAUCUGAGCCAACUCGUCCUUGGGCUGACGGGCCCUGGCCCCUGAUCGCGACACCUUCAAAGACUCGUGAUGUUUCGGAACAUGCUGCCGUCUACAUCGCAAAUGAGAUGGCUUUUGCCCACAACAGCAUGCUCCGGGGACUGAACAGUAUCUAUCUUCAGGCCUCGUCCAUCGAAAAUCCCCAGGAAAUAUCCGACUUUCUCUUCCUCGUACAUGCGUGGGCAAGCUGGGUAUCACAUCAUCAUGUCCUCGAAGAGGAGAAGAUGUUUCCAGGAUUCGAAAGCGUUAUUGCGAUUCCUGGCUUCCUCGAGGGCAACGUGAAACAACACCACACCUUCCAGCCUUUGCUGAAGCAGCUUCUGGAAUACAGUAAUAACACACAGCCUGUAGACUACCGCGCAUCUGUAGUCCGGCAGUUGAUCGAGCAGCUGGCUCCCAGCUUCCGCCAGCAUCUCAGUGAUGAAAUUACGAGUCUACUUUCUAUGGAACCUUAUGAGGGAAACGCGUUGCUGAAAGUCUAUAAGGAAUGCGAGGCGGAGGCAGGCAAGCAAGACAAGCAUGUGGUGCCUCCCAUGGUGCUUGGACUCCGCGACAUCACCUUCGAAGGAGGUAAUCAGUGGCCUACCAUGCCACCGCUGUCUGCAUGGUUCGUUCACUACCUGUUCUCUGGAAAGCAUUCUGGGUCAUGGCGCUUUCUGCCUUGUGAUACCUGGGGCAAUCCACGUCCGUUGAAAUUUGUGAAUGGAGAAUCCUAGGAUACGGUAGCGGCAGAUAACACGCUUUUUCACUGAUUAUUGGCACCAUUAUGUCGAUUUGAAGUGCGAUUGAUUGUUCAUCUGCAUGUGGUGCUAUCAUGACCACUUUUUGCACCUAUGACCGGCAAUGACGAGGGAAGUUUACCGAAGUGAGAUAGGUCUACGUAUUUGGGUCGUCUGGUUGGAAGAAAGAAGAAAUAUAGUGUCUUAUAGAUCAGAUUGCUAGCGAUCUCUGAUGCAGUACCUUGGUUAGCCAUGUAAUGCCCCAUUUAUGGAACAUGAUCGUCUCGAGCUUCUGUGGAGAACUCAGGAUUUGUUAUCCGCGCCGAAUUGGAACUCAUAUAUUGGUUGGUGGAUUGAUCGAGGCAGUUGGAAGCCGGGCAAAAGUACCUUACCAAACUUUGUGUGGAAAGAACAAGAAAACCACCCCUCACUCACAC